UUUUACCUGUCCAAAGUGUCCAAAUACUCGUCUACUCAGUCUGUGUCUGUGACUUUUCUUUAUCUGAAAUCCGAAAGUUUUUAAUAAAAAUACAAUUUUAUUAGAUGUAAGAUAAAGGUGUAGAUUACAAACAAAUAUUAACAAUGGCUGGAAUUAAAGGAUUGGUGUCUUUGGCUUUCGCGGGCUCGAUAGGGAUGACUUUUGUUAUAUUAGCUUGUGCCUUACCACAGUAUAAGUAUUGGUGGCCAUUCUUUGUAGUUCUUUUCUACAUAUUAUGCCCCAUACCGACUAUGAUAGCAAGACGUCACACAGAUAGCGCUGGCGGUACAAACUCACCGUGUAUGGAGACAGCGAUAUUCAUAACCAUGGGAAUUCUUGUCAGUUCCUUUGCUUUACCAAUUGUGCUUGCUCGUGCUGGAGCGAUUAUUUGGGGUGCUUGCUAUUUGACUCUGGCUGGUAACGUGAUUGUAUACUUAACCAUCCUCGGAUUCUUCACAAUCUUUGAUAUGGACGACUCUGAUUAUGCAAUGUGGUGAGAGAUCUAAAAAAUAUUGUCUUUACCAUAGACAAUUUACCAGAGACAAUUGUAAUACGAUCUUUUUGAAUGAAUAAACAAUGUUGUGGUUAUAUCUAUCGAUGUUACUUUUAAGUCUGAUGUACUGAUACUGAUAUUCGUAAUCGAAAAUUUUAGUUGAUUCAUUAUAUUUUAAGUCAAAUA